GUUUUUUUUUUUUUUUUUUUUUUUUUUUUUUUUUUUUUUGUUUCUCGUUACACGCACGUGAGCUUUUCGAGCGAGAGUAAUUUUCAUUCUCGACAAUAAUAUGCACGCACGCACGUACGUACGUCGCGAGACAUCCGUUAGUUUCAUCCGGACGAAAUGAGAGAUCGUAAAAUAGGGCGCGGUCCCGCGCGCUGCUCUCUCUCUCUCUCUCUCUCUCUCUCUCUCUUUCUCUGUGUGUUCGGAUCAUUUAUUAUAUACGCGCGGGAUUCCGCGCGCGGGGAAAUAAAAACUCGGAGAGCGAGAACGCGCGAGAUUGACGUGGGAAAUCGCGGAUUAGCCUCGUCCGGUUUGCGCAUCGCGCUCGUUCUCGCGUACAAAAGUGAGAGAAAAAGAGCAAAAUUUUCAGUUAUUUAAAUAUACCGAUCUGUAACAUACAUAUAUAUAUAUAUAUGUAUAUAUAUAUAUAUACAUAUUGCGUAUACAUAGACUCUCGACGAAACGCCGGUUUUAAAUCAUUUCGCGAAAUAAUUUCAAUUUCCCGAUAAUUUCGAACGCAAACGAGACAAAAUGUGUUUUUAAUUAUCUUUUGUGUGCGCGCGGCACGCGCGCAAUGUUGAAUGUACAAAUCGCGCCGCUCUUUGUGAUUCAUAAACGCGCAAAACGAAUCUCAAACGAAACGUCAUUUAUUCCUUUAUGAACCAAUUACGGAUUGACGUUAAACCGCGUGCGCGCGCGCGCGCACGUGUGGCGGAUUCGCUCGCGUUGAAUAGAAAAAAAGGUUUAUAUUAGCGCGAAAUAACGCGCGCGUCGCGUUCGCAUUAUACGCGCAUCGACGCUCCUCGAAGUUUAUUUAUCUAUUCCGCGAUGCCAAUUAGACGAUAAAUGGGGAAUAUGAAACUGGAUCCUCUCUCUCUCUCUCUCUCUCUGUCUCUGUCUCUCCAUCUCUUUUCUCUGUCACGGGGAAAGAGAGAGGCGUCUCUCUCGCUAUUGUCAAGGAAACGCCAUUGUUAUUGGAUCGGUCCUGUAAUUUGCUUCUUUAUCCGGUUCAACCCGACGUUCGAGCUAACUCGAUUUCUCUCCCCCUCCCCUCUUGCGAGUGACGUUUAAUUGUUCGCACCGUGCGCAUCGGGGAAAAUUCACUCGCGCCUCGAAAGUUCGAUCUCUCGUUUCUCUCGCCGGAUCGGAAAUUGAAAGGAAGCCUCCGUGAGAAAAUUGAAAGCUCUCUGUCCGCAUUUACGAGAAAGAGAGAGAAUGAAGAUUGAGAACGGGACGGCGAAUCAAUUUCCAUAGGAGCGAGAACGGAACUUCCGAUUUAAUUUUAAUUACAGACGUACUCUUUGUACUCCGGAAAAAAUGUACCUUAUAUUUGGCAAAACUUCUUCACUGCUGUUGAUUAAAAUGUAAAACUUGGCAGCAUGUUUGGCUUUUUUUUUUUUUUUUUUAAUUUAGUUUUUGAGGAAACACGGAAGCUUCAAUUUCGUGAAAGAUUCCGACGUUUUAGCGACGUAACUACGUAUGUGUUUUAAUUUUAUUUGAAAUGAUAGAUGCGCUUUUUACUUUAUUUUACGUGCACGCUUGCGUUGCCACACUCUCGUGACAAUACAAUAGAUAUAUAUCGAACGACAAAGCUCGCGACUACACCGAUAUAUUGAGCGCAUCGCGCUCCGUUGUUGUUUACGACGACGCGAAGUUAUUCCCCUAAUAUCCACCCACUAAAAAUACAGGGAGAAGUGGGGGGAAGUCGCUUCACAACCGCUAAUGUUUCAAGGGGAUCGAAUAUAAUCAGCCGUUCUUCCCUCGCACGAUCGCUCGAUCGAUGGACGAAUAUUCGAGGACGUGGCGUCUGCGGAUGUGCGACGACAACAUCGAAACAAAUAUAUUUUUUUUUUUUAUUUCAAACAAUUAUUCGUUAGAGAAAAGUGUCGAGAAAGAGGGCUCGCUUCUUCGUUCGCGAGACUUCGUUCUCUCAAAUUUCCUUCGCGAGUUCGCGCGACGGAGCCUUACUUCCGGUUUGUUUCCCGACAGGAGGCGAGAGAGUAGCCGUUUACAAACACAGUGCCAUAAUCGACAUUCGUCGCGACACGUGCGAUAAUAUCUCGUCGAAACAAAAAAAAAAAGAAAAAAGGUCGAUUCGUUCGCGCCGAUAACCUCCUCACCGAGGAACUUUCGCGCGCAUAAUGUCAUGACAAUGGACCCGACUGGUGAAUAAUGCAUCGUUACGCGCUUCGCUCGGGUUACCGCAACAACAACAACGACGGCGACGACGACGACGAGAACGGUGGUGCCGAUAAUUGUGCAGGCGGAAGAAGAUCGCGUCCGAGAGAUCUUUCCCGAUCGGAAUGGACGAAUUCGUGAAAUAGCGGGCGGACAGCGAAGAAGAGAGAGAGAGAGAGAGACACGCACGCACGCAGGCACGCGGUCGUUCUACGCAGCUGCAGCAGAAAGGAGAAGAAAAAAAAAACAAAACGAAAAGAAAGAUGUCGUGGUCUAGUGCGGCCAGUGUCGCUCAACUGGCGGCGUCGCUGAUGCUGAUCUUGAGAGUCCUCGUCGCCGCGGAUCCGAUCACGACGACGACGAUAACAACGACGACCGACGAGCCGACGGUCUUCGAACGGACGACCUACAUCAUGUCCUCCACGGAGAACGACAGCGAUGUUUAUCUAGCCCCGACGAAACCGGAGAAUCUCACCUCCCGUGAAAUCACAGGCACAACCAUCGAACUCUCGUGGUCGGAACCGGUGAACGCGAACGGUGUCAUCGCCGGUUAUCGCGUUUACUACAUGCAUUCCAACUACACGGACGUUAAAAUGCACAUACCCGAUAAAUCCGCGGACUCGGACUACUCUUCCAUCGACUUCGUUCUGCGAGAUCUGAAUCCCUACACCGAGUACAAGAUCUGGGUGAAGGCUUACACACGGAAGAACGAGGGCGAGCCUUCCGAUCAGAUUAUACGCAGGACCGACAUAACAGGACCGAGCGCACCUCAGAUCUUGAAUUUGACUUGCCAAUCGCACGAGUCCGUGUACGUUCACUGGGCCGCGCCGGCCACCUUCUGGGGCUCGAUCGAUUAUUACUACAUCAAUUACCGCAAAGAUAACGGGAAACACGAGGAGAUCGAAGUCGCUCCCGAGAAAAAUCAUCUCGAGUGCGGGACCAUCAUACCCAAUCUUACGAUGAACACGGUGUACGAGGUGAUGGUGCGAGGUGCCACCAGAAGCAGAAUAGACAGCCACUUGAUUAUUCAAGGCGAGAACUCCGUGCCGGCGACCGUGUUGGUCACCCGCGAUUGCGACAAGAUACCGCCCUUGAUGCGUCGCAGCAAUAAAGAGCUCAGUCCCGCCGUGAUCGCGGGAGUGGUCUGCGCUUGCUUUGCCGUGAUGCUGACGAUCACGACCUUCGUGUUAUGGAAACCGCUGUUCAGGAAAUGCUUCCACACCGCCUAUUACUACCUGGAUUAUCCGCCGAGGAACGUUCCCACCCUACAGGAAUGGGAGAACAGCGAGCAGGACGGCGAGAGAACCGCCGUGGCCGUUCAGCAGUUUGUGCAGCACGUAGCGAGUCUCCACGCCGACGGAGACAUCGGUUUCAGCAAGGAGUACGAGCUCAUACAGGCCGAAACUGGCGACUACACCGUGGAGAACUCCCAGUUCGCCGAGAAUAAAGCCAAAAACAGAUAUUUGAAUAUACUCGCAUACGAUCAUACUCGCGUGCAAUUGCUGUCCUGCGGCGGCGGGCCUCCCAAGAAGGGCCAGGAUUACGUCAACGCGAAUUACAUCGACGGGUGGCAACGGGCGCGAGCUUACAUCGGUACCCAGGGUCCACUUCCUCCGACGUUCGACGGUUUCUGGCGCAUGGUUUGGGAGCAGCGCGUUUCCAUAGUCGUGAUGAUCACCAAUCUAGUCGAACGCGGUCGCAGAAAAUGUGAUAUGUACUGGCCCAAGGAGGGCACGGAAACGUACGGUUACAUCCAAGUAACCCUGGUGAAGGAAGACGUCAUGUCCACAUACACCAUUCGUACUCUUCAGAUUCGCCACUUAAAGCAGAUCAAGAAGAAGAAAAACGGGACCAAUAUGGGCGAGCGGACUAUAUGGCAGUAUCACUACACCGGCUGGCCUGAUCACGGCGUACCCGAUCAUCCGUUGCCCGUUCUAAGUUUUAUUCGUAAAUCGUCCAACGCCAAUCCGCCCGACGCCGGUCCCAUCGUCGUCCAUUGCAGUGCUGGCGUUGGACGUACCGGAACGUACAUCGUGAUCGACGCCAUGCUGAAGCAGGCCAAGGCCAAGGGCGAGAUCAACGUGUACGGAUUCCUCAAGCACAUUCGCACUCAGAGAAACUUCCUGGUGCAGACGGAGGAGCAGUACAUUUUCAUUCACGACGCGCUGCAGGAGGCGAUCGAGAGCGGCGAGACCAAUAUCGACGCGAACAACCUAAUGCAGCACAUUCAAGACAUGCUGUGCCCAUCGAAUAACAAGACUGAUGCGUGGAACAAUAUCGAAGCUCAAUACAAGUUGGUGACGUCGUGGAAACCGAAAGACUUCAAUCUCGUGUCCGCCACCAAAUCUUGCAAUAUUAUCAAGAACCGCAAUAUGGACAUUAUUCCCAUCGAGAACGCGCGCGUUCAUCUAACACCGAAACCCGGCGUCGACGGAAGCGAUUACAUCAAUGCCACUUGGGUUUCGGGUUUUCACCGCAACCGCGAGUUCAUUAUAACGCAGCAUCCGAUGGAGAACACUAUAAUGGAGUUCUGGCAAAUGAUGUGGGACCACAAUACACAGACUAUCGUCAUGCUAACUCAGUGCGAUGAAGAAUACCCGGAGUUCUGGCCCGUUGAAGGAAAGGAUCUGGAAUCCGAGACGUUCCGAGUGCGACUUUGCGGAACGAAAGAGACCGUGAACGGCACGAUUCUGCUCGAGGUCGCGGUUCGAUCGUUGCAGGACGAUUACGAGCUCAGCGCCAGGAUCGUUCAGGCGCCGUCGAAUCAGAACGGUUUAUGGCCGCACAACAACAAUCCGAAGAUCUUCGUCAACAUCAUUCAAGAUUUUCAUCGGGAUUAUCAAAACGGGCCUAUCGUCGUGAUCGACAGGUACGGUGGAGUGGAAGCCGCACUCUUUGUUCUACUGACCACUUUGAACAAGCAACUCGAGUUCGAACAAAGUGCCGAUAUCUACAUGUUCGCGAAGCUGCUUUACAUGAAGCGACCUGGCGUUUUCCGCUCGAAGGAGGACUACAUUCUGCUGUACCAGUGUUUGGAGACCAUGUUGUCUACGAAGGGCCGCGCGGAACCCGAUCUGUACGCCAUGGCGAACGGACACGUCGGCGCGAUGAACGACCCGAACGAGAUCAGGUCGGCCUCGUCGAUUCAACACAUGCCCAUAGAUUAUCCAUCCAAAUCAUCCGUCAUUCGCGAAUACGCUACCGUAGAAGUCAGUUCCGAAUACCUGUCCGACUACGCAAUUCCUAUACGCGUCGAUCAUCCGAUUGAGUCGUCCAGCAGCCGUGGGAGCGAGAGCUGUCUCGCCUCCUCCCACGGCGGCAGUAACGACCACGUUGUACCGCCGCCGGAAAAAGGCAUGGUGGUGUCGCAGAGAAACAUUAGCUAUCACAAUCACCCGCCAUCCGGUGUAUCCGUAAUGGUCGAUGCUAACGGUUAUAUCACGAACGGCAGCAUGCGCGUACCCGCCGACGGUCUGGAGCCCAGCUGCAAGAUGAUGCCGCAAUGAUGCCGGCCUAUCUUCGGUUGCAGCGCACCCUCGCGAAGGUCGGCCCCGCUGUAAUCGAGCUCUCGGCCGUUCGAACAGAAGUCUCAAUCCGGACUUGACUGAUGAUCCUCGCAUCGCGAAGGAGACGAAGAGUUCGCGUCGUCCACGGGAGAGCCGAAGCGGAUCUUCUUCACAAGCGGAUUUCUUUAGUGUACAUACGACGCUACGUGAAUAUUUUAAACACGAAGGAAAGAGAGAUAAAAGAGUUUCGGUGCGAGUGGCGGACAGUGCCAAAACAAAAAAGAGACAAAAUUGCCGCCGAUCGCACGCCGAAGCAGGUGACACGUUUGUCUUGUCCGUCGUGUAAGUUUACGUUUACAGAUUAUUGUAUAUAUUAUGUAUUCAUAUAUAUAUAUAUAUAUAUAUACAUAUAUAUGUAUAUGUAUAGACACGAGAAUGUACACGCACGCGGGACACAUCUGCAUAUUGUACAUAUAUACAUAGCUGGAAUACAUAUAUCGCGCGUAAAAGUAAUACAAAUAUAUAUUAUACAUAUAUAUAUGUAUGUAUAAGUGUUGCGUGUGUCCGUGUGUGUGUACGUACAAGUCGAAGAGACAUCCCGACAUCUCCGACAGUUGCCAAAGAAUUACAUUACAUUAUCGAUAUAUGUAGCCCCUCCCCCUCCGCUCUAAUUGUUAGGAAAAAAAACUUGGAUAUAUUGUCGCGUGGAUUUUUUUGUGAGUGUGUACAUACAUGUACGCGCGUGUACGAUUAUAUUCUACGUACGCGUUAAAUAGUUUGUAAACGCGCGAGAACGCGGAUCAAACAAAUCUCCUUCGCGCGCAGCAACAACAAUUGCGCAAAAAAAAAAAAAAAAAAAAAAAANAAAACAAAACUAUUCACUGCGAGCGCGCGUCUGCCCUCUCUCGUUUUUUUUUUUNNNNCUCACUCGCGACGAAUCCGCGCGACGCGCACAUUUAUAUUCGUUAUGCUAAUACUGCCAUUUCAGCGAGGACAAAUUUCUGUCGGCGAUUGCGUGUCGUUGUUUGUUUGUUACGACUGUGUUGAUAUUGUUCUUGAGAGGAAGAUUCUUGAAAGAGGAGAAAUUCAAGUGCGAGAGGUGCGAUUUUUCUCGCGCGAGCCGCUCGAUUCGCACGCCAGUCAAAUCAAAAUAUAAUACGAUAUAAUAUAAAAUAGCGCUUUUUGAUUCGUUCGGUGUCCGUGCAUAAACGAGUACCACACGCACAACUCGACAGAAGACUAAUGUUGGCCCUCGAUCGAGUCUCUGACGCGCAAUGAAUGUUUGUAAAAGGCCUCCGUGAACAGAAGCGAGAACAAAAUGUUACAAAAAAAACUGCAAACUACGCAAAUAUGUUCGCGAAAGAAGCACACGAGCCGACGCGUAUCUCCGGAAUUCUUUGUAAAACGCUGACAAAAAACGGUAGAAGCUUUUUAGUUUUUUGAAAAUAUAGAGUAAUAUACCGAUUUAACUGUGUGUGAUGACAAUCGCAGAGGGAGAGAGAGAGAAUACGUUUUUCAAUCAUUUUAAUUUGUACAUACAUUCUCCCCAAAGAAGAAAAAAGAAAAUCUCUGUGAAACAAAUCAAAGUAAAGUGGCACUUUUAAAUUCACGCUCCUCUCGUUUUUGUAUUUUUUUACACACACGUUGUAAGCAUUGAAAAAAUAAUUAAGAGCACAAUCUCAUGAAUUUUGCAUAACAAUUUUGCAUAAAUGUUAAUCCGCAGCACGAAUGAUGAAAAAAAAAAACACACGCACGAAACCGUUUACAAUACAUAAAGUAAAUAUGUAGAAAUUUUUGAAAACAAAAAUACGCGAAAGAAGAUGAAGUCACCGAAGUCGCGAGAACGUGUUUGUUCGUUGCGAAAAAAACGCGUUGAUUAUUUUCGGCGCAACGUUAAAAGCAGCUCGUUUAGACAACUCGCGAAAUGAUGCGUCGCUUGGCCUAUACUCGUAACAUAGUACAAAUUAGUCUCUACUUUGAGAAAACUUAUACUUGUUUAGUAAACGUUCAACGACGAGCAAUGCAAAAAAAAAAAAAAAAAAAAAACCAACCCGGUCCGUUUUAACUUGCCGAAACUGUGUUACAAUUAAGUGACUGUACAUGCCAUUUUAAUGAUAAUUACAACCAGGUAGCCAACGUUACUAGGUAUAUAUGAUGUUCUUCCGUUACAAGUGGCAACGUCAUCAUCAAAAUAUAGACGAAUAAGGCAAUUACGCGAAGGUUAAACCAGCUCGAAAUAAAAGAAAAAAACCUAAUAUAGUUCUCGCGCGUCUUCUCGAUUCGCGACGCAGAUAUCCAACGAGUUUAAUUGUAUCAUCGCGAAGACUGAAAUCGUCCUUGAAUCAUCGUUAUCCUCUAGAAAAAGUUUACAGCGGACGAAAGUGAGAGAGCAGAGGCGACGAAUGCAGAGAAAAAAAGAGAGAGAAAGAGAAGAAGUGCCGAUGCCGAAAUGUGUACAUAAACGGAGGAAAAGAAAGAGAAGAAGUGACUGGCAAACACCUCGGUCAACUCGCUGUGAUUAGCUAUGCGAAAGUGGUGCGCGUUCUUCUAAUAUAAAUUACGAUAUACACACACGUGUGGUGCGAUUAAAAAUGCCCCGCGGUUGGCACAAGACUGAUCGUUUUAUCUCGCGGAAAUCAAAAAACAAAAAAUAAGAAAUCCAUUUUUCAAGCCGUGCUCGCGUCGUGUUUUCGUCGCGAAAAACGGAGAGAUUUCCGGAAAGAAAAACGGACAUCGCUGUUCCUUUGGUACAGAAAUUCGAGUCUUUUUCGAGGACCUUGGGUAGCGCCGAGAGAGAAACGUGUGUGUGUGUGAAAGAGAAACAAAAAGAAAAAAAACGAAGCAGGCAUUUCCGUAAACGAAAACCGAUAUCCUCAAGGACACGGAAGAGAGAUCUCCAGGACGUGGUAACGAGAUCCGCAUAUAUAACAAAUACCGCACGUAUGUUCGCGCAUCCCAAUUGCUCGCGAUCGGAGUCUCGAUUAAUCCACCACCUCACGGACGGAAACAUCUAUCCGACACUCUAUCGUAAUGUAAUUAGAAAUUUAACUAUGUAUGUGUGUGUGUAAAGAAAC